AGGUAGAAGUAGCCGGUAGUAGCCAACCAGGCAACGUAGUGCAACGUCGAACUGCUAGAACGCGGUACUUUUGUAAAUCAAUUUUCUCUGUUCGCACGCUUCGCUAUACCAAACCAAAUGAGCAUGGAGGGGUACGAAACACAACUUUUCGGCACAUCUCCCAGGGCAGUGGUUGGCGCAAUCUAUACAAUCCUCAUAGACUAUAUUACAGAUUCUAUUUCCUGCAUAAAGGACCAUCUUCUUGCCAAGCACAAGCACAUCUCCCCCGAGGAACUCGAGAAGGACUGUGCCCUGCUGUACGACAAGCACCGUGCAUUAGCGGACAGAGACUUUGACAAACUAGAGGCCUACAUCUCUAGCAGCGUCAUGAAAAUCCCGCCCCACGUGCUGCUGGAGGAGGACUCCGUGCACCGGCAUCCGCCAAGCACCGAACUUAAGAAGACGGAGUUGAUUAUGCUCACGAAAGCUAUCAACAAGGGGGAAUGGGGGCGGCCAAGCUGUGUGUGUCUCGGAGCUUGUGGAGCGAGCGCUCGUGCCUCAGAACCCAGGAAUCCGCGGCUAGAUUCCCCGCCCCUGCCCGUUUCGAUCUGGAAGAUAAGCAUCGUAAAGGCGUGCAGUUGAGUAUCACUAUUGUGACGUGAUGCGAAACAACUAACGACUAAUUUGUUUGUAUUCCUGCGUCAGCUGUCGGCACUAGUGGUCAAACCCCCUUCCCCGAAAUUGUUUUAUCUGGCUACACCACGGACCAUCACUUGUUCUGCCCCCUUCAGGUAAAAGUGUCUUUAUCCGCCACAGAACAGAGAAGAGAACCCUCGGAUCAUUAUGUCGCUUGUUGCAAAUAUUCACCAAGAUGGCUCUUUUGCCCCCGGGAAAAAGGGGGAAAAAAAAACAUAUUUCCUCGUUUGCAGGAGAUCGUGAAGCAGCAGCUGUUGAAGCAGGAGCUUGCACUGCAGCAGAAAGUCCGGCCACAGCUCGAGGGAGUGCUGCAGCGCCUCAAGGAGAGGCUGGAAAUUCUGAGGGCCAUGCCAACCCAGGCAUCCGGCAGCUAAUUACGCCCGAGUUGCUUUUAACUUUUUUAUGUUUUAUCCUUUAUCCUUUGCAAUACUGCCAGUGAAAGGUACUGGGACCUUCAUUUCAAAUGUCCAUUAUUGUAUAUGCAUCUCUCACCAAGUUCUCUUAAAUAAACAAACAUAGAAACAC